GUGCAACUCUUGCAGCCAGUUCCAGCUUGGAAAGUCCUCUGCAAGUCCUUACCCUCAAGUCUCAGAGAAAAGCAAAGGGAGCGGGGUAUUUCCCUCUUUUGUAUCAUGUCUUCAAAUUGUUUCAUUAGAGUUCUCCAGUGGUCUUUUCCAUAUUACUCAGCUGAAUGCAAAAGCCCCUUCUUUAAAACUGUGGUGGGGAAUAAGAUCAGAAUUAUGAAGCUGGACUCAGAUUUCUCAUGCAGCAUUUUCACGUUGUCCACAGUGAGCUCAGCCUGUACUUCAUGCCAUGAGGAGGGCAGGCUGUGAGCACAGAAUCACACACCUUACCAAGGCCCAAGUUACAGGGACAGCAGUUUCGAAUGGACUUUUCUCGUUGGCCUCACUGCAUUACAUGGUAGAGGCUUUCCGUGAUGCAGCAUCUGCUAUGGAGCAAGAGAAGGAAAUUCUGCUUGAAAUGAUCCACAACAUACAGAACAGCCAGGAUAUGAGGCACAUCAGUGAAGGGGAGAGAGAAGAACUUAAUUUGACUGCUAAUCGCCUGAUGGGCCGAACCCUCACUGUGGAGGUUUCCGUAGAAACCAUCCGCAACGCGCAGCAGCAGGAAUCCCUACUGCACGCCACCAAGAUGAUUGAUGAGAUUGUCAGUAAACUCCUCGAUGAUUUGGAAGAUGCCAAAAUGCGCUUAAUGUCACUCUACGGUGCGUGCACGUCUGACGUGCCAGCAGGACCCAUCGAUCAGAAAUUCCAGUCUGUGGUCAUCGGAUGUGCCAUUGAGGAUCAGAAGAAAAUCAAAAGGCGCCUAGAGACACUGCUCAGAAACUUGGAAAAUUCUGAAAAGUCCAUCACAUUGCUGGAGCAUCAGAAAUCAUCUGUUCGGCAGUCUUGCAACAGCAAACAGGAUUAACAUAUCCUCCCGGCUACUUCUGGCAAACCACAGGAUGAGCAAGUGCCCAUAAAAAGCACACAGAAGCCAAGAAAAAAAUUCUCUGUACGAGCACACACAUAUAUACACAUCCACAUGCACCAACUUUGACUGCAAGGUGCAAGCAUUUAAUGGGUUUUGGUAGCAUUGGCAUUUUCUUUUGGCAAUCAGGAAUGCUAUCAGUUCUUCUGUAGAGUUGAUACUGCUCUAUUGCAAAUUGUAAUUGUGCUUCUGCUGAUCUGACAGAAACUGAAAAUCUAGCCUUUCCUCCAUUCUCCUGGGUUUUUGAAAACUAAAGUUGUUUUGUCCUAUCAUGAGAUUUCAGCUUUUCUCUGUUGUGUAAGUAGUGUGUGAGCCAGACUUCUGGGGACAAAAGACAAUUAUGGCAAUAAAUCAAAACAAAUUAAUAAACCGUUUAUGGUAUUUUCAUAAACAA